AUGAAAAAAGUGUGCCACAACUCUUGAUCAGAGACCUGAAAUUUGAGAAGAAGUCACUAGCUAAGCUCAUGUUUUCUCCUGAUCAAGAAAAUCAUCCAUCAAAAGCACCAGUAAAAUAUGGUGAAUUGAUUGUAUUAGGGUACAAUGGGUCUCUCCCAAAUGGAGAUAGAGGAAGAAGAAAAAGUAGGUUUGCUUUAUUUAAAAGGCCCAAGGCAAAUGGGGUGAAACCCAGCACUGUGCAUAUUGCCUGUACCCCUCAAGCAGCAAAGGCAAUAAGUAAUAAGGACCAACACAGCAUAUCUUACACUUUGUCUCGGGCCCAGACGGUGGUGGUUGAAUAUACACAUGACAGCAACACAGAUAUGUUCCAGAUUGGUCGGUCAACGGAGAGUCCUAUAGACUUUGUCGUGACGGAUACGGUUCCUGGAAGUCAGAGUAAUUCAGAUACGCAGUCUGUGCAGAGCACUAUAUCAAGGUUUGCCUGCAGAAUCAUAUGUGAACGCAACCCUCCUUUUACAGCCAGAAUAUACGCUGCGGGAUUUGACUCCUCAAAAAACAUCUUUCUUGGGGAGAAAGCUGCAAAGUGGAAGACAUCAGAUGGGCAAAUGGAUGGACUAACGACAAACGGAGUUCUUGUAAUGCAUCCCCGUAAUGGAUUUACAGAGGACUCCAAGCCAGGGGUGUGGAGAGAGAUAUCCGUGUGUGGAAAUGUGUUCAGCCUCCGUGAAACCAGAUCAGCUCAGCAGAGGGGAAAAAUGGUUGAGAACGAAACGAACCAGCUCCAAGACGGCUCUCUAAUUGACCUGUGUGGAGCGACACUGCUGUGGCGCACUGCGGAAGGGCUUUCACGCACUCCUACUGUCAAGCACCUGGAGGCACUCAGACAGGAGAUAAACGCGGCGAGGCCCCAGUGUCCGGUGGGGUUUAACACCUUGGCGUUUCCCAGCAUGAAGAGGAAAGAUGUGGUAGACGAAAAGCAGCCGUGGGUGUAUCUGAACUGUGGCCACGUCCACGGCUAUCACAACUGGGGAAACAAAGAGGAGAGAGACGGCAAGGAUCGCGAGUGUCCCAUGUGCCGCUCUGUCGGCCCCUAUGUGCCUCUGUGGCUUGGAUGCGAAGCGGGAUUUUAUGUGGAUGCGGGACCUCCAACUCACGCCUUCAGCCCCUGCGGACACGUGUGCUCAGAAAAGACAACUGCGUAUUGGUCCCAAAUUCCUCUCCCUCACGGUACUCACACUUUUCACGCAGCCUGUCCCUUCUGUGCGCAUCAGCUGGCUGGUGAGCAAGGCUACAUCAGACUCAUUUUCCAAGGACCUCUUGACUAACACAUGUGUUACCGAGGACUGCAGGAAACUGAUAAGCUAAGCGAUUCCGAUUUUUAAACCAACUGUUUUUCGUAUUCUCUGGGCUUUGCUGGUUUGCAUUAAGAUGAAGAAUUUUUGUUUGUUUGUUUUGUUGUUACAACAGCUAAAUCUGUCUCUUAUCAAGGAAAGUCUGGAAGAAACGGAGGGGCGGGAAGGAGAAGGGGGAGACCUCCUGCUUUUUUUUUUCUUCUUCUUUUUUUAGUUAAUAACUACUUCUGAAGAGGUGAAGGAAGUGUUGUGGAGUGAACUUCGAUGCCUUCCGUUCAAUGGUUUUGAAUCACGUGCCCACAGUGUUUGAAAGUUGCUUCAUUCUUUUUGUAUAUGGAGGGUAAAUAGUUCAAAGACCAUUAGUUUACAGCUUGGAUGCAAACGUUGUAAAAUAUA